AUGUCAGCUGGAGUAGAUGAGGUGCCAGUAAUACUAGUAAAGAAAAUAGCUAAUCAAAUAGUGAAACCAUUGGUGCACGUAGCAAACUUGUCAAUGGCUGAAGGCGUGUUUCCAGAGAAACUGAAAAUUUCUAAAGUCGUUCCCCUGUUGAAAAAGGGCAAUAAGCAUAUACUAAUGAAAUAUAAUGUCACACAUUAUCUUAAUAUCCACAUUCCGAUAAACAGUAAUCAGCAUGGAUUUCAAGUUGGAAGAAGUACCGAAACAGUUGUACUGGAAUACACAAAAGAAAUAAUCACUAAACUGGAAGAGGGAAAAAGUGUAGUUGGGAUAAAUCUAGAUCUGUCAAGCUGUAACAAGGACCCGAAGUCAGAAACAUCAUAA